AUGAGUGAAACGGUCUCAAUCCAAGGGAGGAACAAGGGAGAAAAAUCAAAUGGACCUAAUUUGGGAACCGGAAGAGAGCUCUUCCUCUUCCGCCAUUGUCGCUUCUUCGAACACUCUAAAGCUUGUAGCUUCCUGCUCCUCAAAAUCUUCUUGAUAAAAAUGAAGGUUGUCGCUGCUUUCCUCCUCGCUGUUCUUGGCGGAAACGCUAAUCCAUCCGCUGAUAAUAUCAAGGAUAUCAUUGGAGCUGUUGGUGCUGAUGUUGAUGCAGAGAGCAUUGAGCUUCUUUUGAAAGAAGUGAGUGGUAAAGACAUCACCGAGCUGAUUGCUUCCGGCAGGGAGAAGUUGGCCUCUGUGCCAUCUGGUGGCGGUGUGGCUGUUGCGGCUUCUUCUCCAUCAAGCGGCGGUGGUGCUUCCUCUGCUCCUGCAGCUGCAGAGAAGAAAGAAGCCAAGAAGGAAGAGAAAGAAGAGUCCGAUGAUGACAUGGGAUUCAGUCUCUUCGAAUAG